CAUACUUCAAUAAAGAUGAAAUAUUUGAUUUGUCUCUUCUUGUUGGCUAUUUUUGCUCAAAGUUUUGGUUAUGUGGCCAGAGGGAUUUUUAAUGAUCCAAGUAAUUAUUUUUUUCCCUCAAAUAUAUGUAUAUUACAUUUGUAUUUUGUUUUCAAAAUUUGUUUAGAACAUCCUGGAAAGUGUGUCUACGAAGACUUAGUUUUAUCUCCCGGUGAAGAGGGUAAGCCUAAAGGACAAUGUAUUCGUUUCAUGUGCAGAGAUGACAAUGGUUAUGGUGAAAUUCAUGGUUGCGGUGCGUAUGCCCCUAUGCCGAAUUGUGAGUUUGGCGAUUAUAUCAAUCUUGAUGCCCCAUAUGGAGAGUGCUGUAGAAGGCAUGAAAUUUGCAACGAGAACGCUGAAGUCUAAUGUUUGUCAUCAC